UCGCCUUAUCAGAUUAGCGCAUAUGUCACUAUAAUUUUGAAUAUAUCGAAUUUUGCCUCAGUUAUUAAUUAUCCUAUAAUAAAAGUUUAUUACUCUAUCUUUCCCACGCACCAUAUGUACACUACCAUAUGGUGAGAUAUGUCAAUAUUAUGGGUACCCCGUAUUAUCAUCCGCACUUGAUACCUCAAACUUGUUCAUUUAAGUGGAAAAUCAGAAAGCAAACAAAAAAGCAGAUAAGGCCUGAAUGGUUAAGUAUAUAAAGGAUUUUCGAUUUAUUUACGAAUAUUUAAUUUUGUUUUAUGCAAUGGAGCCGGUCCUAAAAAAUUGUGAAAGAAAAGAUGUGAAGUCUAGAGUGAAUAAAGUGAAGUUGAGACGAUUUAAAGCGAACGCCAGAGAGAGAAAUCGCAUGCAUGGAUUAAAUGCCGCUUUAGACAAACUGAGAAAUCGCAUGCCUAUUCAACAAACACAUUCAGAUCUGAGUUCUGCUCCACAAAAACUGUCUAAAAUUGAAACUCUACGCCUGGCGAGGAACUACAUUUUAGCAAUGUCUCAAACAUUGCAAGAAGGCCGACCAAUGGAAUUGACGAGGUUUAUUAAAAUUUUGAGUCGAGAUUUAAGCCAAACAACUGCAAAUUUACUAACAGGAACUUUGAUGGGAAAUGGUGGAAAACAUUUAAAUUAUCGGAGAAUGUUUAUACCUAUACCUGAAAAUAACAGUGGUUGCAGCUAUCAAGACAGGUAUAAUAAUCAUAAUUGUAAUUAUAGUAACAAUUUUCCACCACAGCCUUAUAUUGGUGGCAAUUUUUACAAUUCCUAUUGGCCAGGCUACAGGUGUUGGGAGAAUAAUCGUGGGUACAAUGAACACUGUGUGUACAAUGUUUGUCAGUGAUAUAGUAAAAGUUAACAAAAUCUAGUCAAAAAGGCUGUAAAAUUGUAUCUAAUAAAAGUUUGUAUUUU